AUGGGAGACACUGUCAUGGACGACUACCAGAAGACAUCCGCUGCCUGCGCAUUUAUCCGAGGUCAUACAGCCAUCUGUCCGCAGGUGGGCAUAAUCUGCGGUUCAGGACUGGGCAAUAUCGUUGAUCUGCUCGCCAAUCAGAUCGUCAUCCCCUACAGCAAGAUUCCUGGAUUCCCCACCUGCACCGGUAAGUAUCUCAUCGCAUGGCUUCAUGCAACUAACCUCGUCUCACACAGUGCUCGGCCAUGAGGGGAAGUUCGUGUUCGGCGAGCUGGGAGGUAAAUCGGUGGUGGUCAUGCAGGGACGCUUCCACCCCUACGAGGGCUACAGCCAUCGAAUGGUAGGCAACAGCUCCACCCCUCCCCGGAUAUCCUUCCUUCUCCCUCCCUCCGCCCUCCCGCUCUCUCUACCUCUCUCUCCACGAAACCUUUUAGAUUGCUCUGCCAAUUCGAGUGAUGAAGAUGCUGGGCGCGACAUACCUCUUUGUCACCAACGCUGCCGGUGGCAUGAACCGCACCUACAAACCGGGCGACAUGGUUGUGAUCCAGGAUCAUGUGGAUUUCUCCAGUGUAGUCGGCCUGAACCCCCUCACGGGGCCCAAUGAUGAACGGUAGGGUGGAAUUACUGUCUAACCGGGCUGUCUGGCAGGUUUGGACCCCGAUUUCCCGCUCUCACUGGCAUGUAUGACGCGGGGUUGAGGGAGCUGGCUCAGCGUUGUGGGCGCGAACUCGGUCUGGGGGACUGUCUCCACGAGGGCAUUUACUUUCACGCUGCAGGACCAGUCUACGAGACGCCGGCGACCAAUCGCAUACUCCUCAGUCUCGGCUGCGACGCCGUAGGUGAGUGUUGUGUGUGUGUGUGUGUCCUCUGAACGGGCCACGUGUUAGAUGCGCUGGACCAAAACGGGGGCCAUAUCGGAAUCUGGCAGGCGUUAUCUGUGCGCAAUAACAAAUGCCAACACUUGCGGGGUGCGCUGGCGGACCCUGUUGUCGGCAUUCGUCGCUCAACUGGACCACUGCCUCCACCCCAUUAUUUUGUGGUCAAAAUCCUGGUCAUUGGUGUGUGGACCAGGGGGUGCGGAGUGGAGCGCCAAGGCGAGGAUCCGUCCGAGCCAUCCACCUGCGGCCUCCCCCGUCUCCGGUCUUCUUGACUCUGUCUUGACACCGGGCCCAGGCGCGGGAGGAGGAGAGAGUGUAGGUAGAUGCAGCGCAAGUCUACUGGCACUAUAAACCCCUGCGCAAGUCACCGUCCCUGCUCCCACAAUGCAGUCUGUGGGGCACACGGUGGUCAUCGUCGAAAUCGACGGACGAACUGUCGUGUGUGUGUGUGUGUGUGUCUGUGUGUGUGCAAAACGAAAAUGCUCCUAACUGCUUGUUGUUUAUGACUCGUUAUGUCAAGUUUUUAUCUGCCUAUCUUUAUGCAGUUUCGUAGUUGGUUUAUACAGUACGUGAUCUAUCUCAUGAAACCUAGUGAUGCGAGAAUUUAGUAUGUCUUAAAUGUUGCGCAUUUUGCUUGGCCCAGUUUAGGAAGUGUCCUCGUCUCGUACACAAAUUGUGUCCACGUAAUUUUUUUAAGCAAAAUGUUCAUAAAUUUGAGCGAAAACGGACGUCAAGUAUACUUGGACAAUUUCCUAUGUCAAUACUUGUUCUGGGCCUCGGCUGCCCAUUUGAGCGGGUUUUUCUUUGGAAGGAAAGUGUUUUAAUAAGCAUAGGUUGCCGGACUUGGAAAUUAAUUUUUUGUCCGAUGGUAAGUGUGGCAAUCAACUUCCUAACACAAAGUUCAUUUUAAGAGAACCAGAUGUUUUGUAGAUUUAUAGAAGUCAGAUUAGCAGAUCAGUGCGAUUUCGUGCCCUAAAGGGCAGUAAUAACUCAUACAAGCAAUCCUUCGUUUAAAUGGGCUAAAAUUGUUUUGCCGUUUGGAAAAUCCUACGUAUUGUCACAGGAGCAACCAUAACAGAACUGUCAUUUCCAGCUUUAAACAUACGAAAUAUAACCUUUUGUGCAGUCUAGCUUCUGCACAUACCUAAUCUUAAAAUAGAACGCACAAAACGCUGAAUUCUUCAGCAAAAUAUCGGUAUACAUACAGCUACUCUGCCGUGCAUUCAUAAUCGUAGAACGGAGUAUGAAGUUGAGCAAAACCAAUUCAAAUGGCCGCAAUAUAAAGAAAAAGGCAUGUUCUUACGUUGGCGAUUGAAAAAUAUCAGUAUCAUUAAGCAGAGUGAAAGAAACGGCCGAAAGUGUCAAACUUGUUCUUGGCCUCACUCUGUAAAAUUUAAAGUACUCAGAUAUCCGUCAACGGAAUGCAGUAUCAAAGCACUCCUUGAGGAGGUCAUUUAUUGGAGAAAGUUUUCUGAUUGAUCUUAGGCAUAUUCGUUGUUGACUUUCGUCGUGGGCGUCAGUUUUAUUCGACGAUGAGGGCUCCUGUUUUCGUGAAUCUUUAAAUGUGAUCCAGAUGAAAAAGAAAGCCCGAGCGCUCGAUACUUCGGUAAAUACCGCCAAGAAGUCCUUAUGGGCGAUCGAAUGAAAACACUGAAAAUCGUGAAAUAUUCGCACAUAAUUCAGGACCGACCUGAAACUCAGCGUAAUCCUAAACAAACGAAAAGUGCAAAUUAAUUUAUCCAAAGAAAAGCUCCUAUUAUAAACACACAAUGGUAUAUAUAUACGAUUACGCCUGUCAAUUAUAUUUAAAUUUAUUUGUCGCCGAUCGGUCUGCCAGCAUGUGACCUUUGUUUCUACGACGUCCCUAUCAGCGAAAUCAGGCAAAAUCCUGCUUUGCUUAUUGAGCCGCAUCUCAGUCCAUUCAAAAGAGUCAAGAAUAUCGGGAAUCCCCGGAAACUGUCUUGGAAUCUAUACUCAGACUGUAGACUGUUGGCUAAUCGCCAUACCUGAAAUUACACUAAUUCUUAUGGGAUAUUUAAAUGUUGACUGCAUUAAACACAAAAUUUAACUGUUAUUCUACUUGCGCUUUCAUAUUCACUAAUUUUUUAAUUGGCAGACUUUUCGCAAAUUUAAAAAUGAAGGUUACUAAACCGCAACCAUUUUCGACGUUUUCGGGAUUUCACGUCUUUUUUAAAAAAUUGGAAUUUCUAAAUAACGCAACAUUGCUCUUAUUAGUUAUUUUGUGUUUUUAAUUCUCUUAAGGUUGCGAUUCAUUAACAUAGAUACCGGGUCCACGGAUUGGUGUCGGUUUGCGAGUGAUUAGCAAUCAUUCGUAAAUUUCGACUUAUUUCAUGAGUUAGAAUCAAUUCUCAACAUAAAAGGGAGCUAAGAUCUGGACCAGAAAUCCGGCUUUGAGCUUUUCCUGUCCAUGUUGACCUGAGUGGCCGCUGUUUACUUGUCCUGUAUUAGAUAGACUUAAUCUACUCCUAAAAUUAAGGGGGGGGGGCAAUUUAAGAUAGACAGUUAGGCCAAUUUUAACUCUAAGGAUUUGAUAUAGGUGCUAUUUUUUGAUUUCCGCUGACAAGUCAAAUAUCUGUGUGAGUACGGUUAUGACGGUGUGAUGAAUAAAGGACUCAUAGUUGAGGUGGACAGUUUCUAGGACAAGUAUCACACAUUUUUGUUAGAGAUUUCACUACUGAGGACAGUAGGCCCUGUGGUUAUGCACUUUGGCUUGGCGUAGCAUCGUUGGGCAGUCACCCUCCAACCUCAGACAGAGCUGAUCUGGGAGGCGAUCUAGUGCUCAGGGAACGACCAGCUUGCCGCUGGAGCUGUCGAACGCGAGGCUCCGGCUUGCACAAAUCAGUAUUUACAUCUCGCAUAUCCCAACACCCAUUUUAGCACUGUAAAAGUCCAUUAGGCAUACUUGAGUAAGUGUUCUGUAUUCAAUUCUUCACUCGUGUUAUCUAACUGCCACUCUGUGGAUGAGAUCGAAACAACUUAUUCAGCAAGUCUUAAUUAACAACAAUGUUUGCUGUUUGCUAUAUCAAUUUGCUGCCGACACUUUUUCAUCCACAUGUUUAAUAACGCGUGCAAAAGGAAUUGGCUUUUUAAACUCACAUAAUGAGAUGUCAGUAUUCUAUGCAUGCAUCGUGGAUUUUGUUAAUGCACCGUGUGAAUAGAACCCGCCGGCGUAAUCCGAGUCUGAUUAGGAUCCUUUCAGGUGAUUUUCGCAUUUGUAUGAAAUUCGUCAGGGUUUCCGCCACGUGUUAAAGUCAAAGACGACUUCAAGUCAACCCAAAUAAGAACCACUUGAAGUGUUGUGUAUGAUAGCGGAACUUUGUUUGUUAAAUCGGGCUGUCUGUGUUACUGACAGCAAUUACUAGCAGAAUGGAAAUGUGGAGUGGAGCCUCAAGGCGCGGGCUCGGCCGUGUCAUCCACCUGCGCCCAUCCCCCGCCUCCGGCCUUCUUGACUAUGUCUUUACACCGGGCCCAGGUGGGGGAGGAGAGAGAGCGAUAGAUGCUGUGUAAGUCUACAUUCACUAUAAAUUUGUUCACGCACAAGUCGCCGUCCCUACUUCCCCCUGCUGCGGAGCGCACGCUGGGCGACGUUGACAACGAUGGUCGAACUAUCACUGAGUGUGAGAAGCAAUAUACACCUGUUUCAACUUCUACCUAACUCGGCCGAUUUCUUCACAGUAGCACUUCUUUUUAACCUCCUGUAGGAACCCCACUCAGUAAAAAUGACUACUUAAGUAGCAUGCAAUUUUGCGUUCAUAUUCGAUGUUUUUAUGACUUCAACCGUAUUUUAUAGGGAAAAUGCACAAAAUUAUGCCUCCUCUUACUCUUUUGGUAAAAAAUGACACUGUUCCCACAUCUUGUGCUCGUAAAAAGAAUAUCUCUCCGUUGUUUAGUAAGGCGAAUUAGUAUCUGUUGUUUCACCAAUAUCUGUGUGCGAUUUUUGGUUGAAUGCUAACCAUAUGUCAGGAAUUUUAGCGUCUUCUGUUCAGACCAGCUGAUUUUACUCAUUAGCUGUUCUGAUUCCUUAUGAAAUUCUUCGGGGUAAUGGCCUCAGAGUAACCAGAACGAGACAGACGAGGCGAGGUGACGACGGUAUCACACAAGACCUCAAAAACGCAAGCUUGGCCUCAAACAAAGAUACAACUUGGACUUGUCCAUAAGGCUGAUUAACGUGCACUGUUAAAUGCUGAUUUUAAGUGGUUGUUUGACAUUUACCAAUACAAAUAAUCUUGGGGAAAAAUCAACUUGCAAAGGGGGUGUAUUUUUCUCCUUUUUACGCUGAUUUGUUAUGACGAGGCAUCCUUACUUUCGAUAUGGAAAAAAAUUUCAGUCUUGCUGUCUUUUAAAUUUUUUCCAGGGAUGAGUACAACUCAGGAGACCAUCGUUGCCAGACAUAUGGGUAUGAAGAUUUUUGCGAUUUCAAUAAUAACGGACAUCGAUCCUGUGGAUAAGCAGUCAGACAUUGUCUUAACUCACGAGGAGGUACUGGAAGUGGCCAAUCAGCGAGGACCUGUUUUGGCACAGCUGCUGGAGAAGAUGUUGACUUAUUUGUAG